AUGACUGCUCCGAGCACCAUGGCAACACAGUCUUCCCCUCGUCUCUUUCGCUCCGAUGUGGUGCACCUUAAGCAGGACAAGAAUGAAGAUUGCAAAGUCGGCAUGGUCUCGAGAUGCUACCUCGACGAGAGCGAGGCUGACCCCAACAGCUUCGCCAAGACGGGACUAGACCGCCAGCUCAAGGAGGACGAGUAUGGUGUGCUCUGGUAUCCUUCGGGAAAGAGGGAGAUCGUCUCAGUCAACGAACUAGAUCUCGUCGACCGAGUCUUCGCCGUGGGUUCUACUUGCAAGCGAUCACCGAGUGACCUAAACUCCGGCGUCGUGACAUCUUCCAACAACAAGCUCAAGCUUCAGCAUCUCUUCAGCAGAGAAGAGAUCGAUCAGCUCGUCCCGGCGGACCAUGUCGUCAAGAGCAAUUACCUCAAUCGCGGUGACCUCGUCAUUGCCAAUGACUGGAUUGGUGAGAUUGACAUGGUCGUCGAGGAAGCACUCGUCGGCAAUCCAGACAACGAUAGACUCGUGCGCGUCUGCGAGAUGGGGGGAAGGCUCCUCCUCGGAAACAUCCCCGCCGAACACAUGGGAGAGGACCAGAUCGGCAUCAACCUCGUCCAGCUCGGCAUUAGGGAGGCGUCCAUCGUUGACAUCAAGCAGACCGUAAUCUACAUCAACUGGCUUGCGCUCAAUCAGAAGCUCAGCCCAGAGGAGCAGGAUAAGAGACCCAAGCCACCGGCGCUCUGGACCGACUACAGCAAGCUCACCCUGGUCAAGGCCUUUUCAGAGCGCCACCACGAGAUUGGAGACCGCGUCGCCUUCCGAACGCCAGAGCUUAAGGACAAGUACGGCGCCAAGGUCACCUACCACGGCCGUCAACGUCAUCCUGUCGAAGUGAUGCUCAUCGUCGGUACCAAAACGGAACUCGACGUGCUUUGGCAGGAUGGCACACGCACCAAGGAACAGGCUAGCAACAUGAUUCCUCACAUGAAUCUUGACGAGCACGAAGCCUGGCCAGGUGACUGGAUCUACUGGAAGUCUGAGGAGCACGGCAGCGUGCCGCGCGUCGUGCAGAGCAUGGAUUGUCUCGAGCGCACCGCCGAGCUACGCGUCCCUCUGUCCGAACCAGCCGAGGUCGAACUGGUCCCUUCGCUCGAAGUGGAUGUGCAGGGAGCCGACCACAGUGUCUUCAGCCUGCACCGUGGAGAUCCGGUCAUGAUCUCGGAACGUCCCACUGGCUGGGCGGGCCCCUUCCUGACCACGAUUGGAGAUCCACGUCCGGACUACGAUGACCACAAGAUGCACGAGGAUCUCAUGAACGCCGAGAUGACCAUCGUCGCCAUGCAGGGUCCCAGCGACAAAAAGGCGAGACCCGCAUCAGAAGCUACAGAAAUCGACUGGUACGGCAUCGUCGAAGAGUUGCUCCUUGACGGUAGGUGCCGCGUUCGAUUGCCGUGCGGCAAGGCAGUGAUCGAGAAGCUCGACAAGUUGCAAAUCUUGUCUGACUCGAGCUUCGGCAUGCACGAGCACGUCGUGAUGGAUGGCGACGACAUGCAUGAUCCAUGGAACGUGGGUGCGGACGAUGAUAUGUAUGACGACGAUGACGACGACUACGACUCGGCCGAGGAUGCCAUGUGGGUUGACCAGGACGGUCAAGAGGUGGGCAAUGCAAGGGACGAUUGGGAAGACAUGUCGGAGGGAGGCGCGCCAGAAGUCGCCGAAAUCCACGUCGAAGAGCCUGAUGAAGUUCAGGGAGAUGCUGCUAAGGUCGAGUCGGUUGCACCUUCUGAGGUCGAGGCGAACGACACCGCGCACAAGGCAAUGGAGGCCAUUAUUCCAUCUUCGGAUGCAGGAGCGUCGGAAGAGCCAUCCGCACCCACCGAACUCGCCGCAGCGAGCAGCGCCAGCGAGUGGAACCAAUUCGCCGUCCUCGAAUCCGCGCCCACCUCGCACCACUUCUACUCGAAACCCCUCACCACCCAGCCCGGAGCCUCCUUCUUCAAGCGGCUCCAGAAGGAGAUGAAGGUGCUUCAAAAUUCACUUCCCGAAACCAUCCUCGUGAGAGCCUACGAAGACCGCUCUGACCUCCUUCGCGUCCUCAUUAUCGGCUCCGAGGGCACGCCAUACGAGAACGCGCCCUUCCUGUUGGAUUUCCAGCUCACCGCCGAUUUCCCCAACGGUCCACCCGUCGCGCACUUCCACUCGUGGACCAACGGUCACGGACGCGUCUCGCCCAAUCUGUACGAAGACGGCAAAGUGUGCCUUUCGGUGUUGGGUACGUGGUCCGGUGUGGCAGAAGAGAACUGGACGCCGAGCAAGAGUUCUCUACUUCAAGUCUUUGUCUCCAUUCAGGCUCUGGUGCUUGUUAGGGAACCGUACUUUACCGAACCGGCGUACGAGAAACUGAAGGGCAAAGAGGAAAGCAAGCUGGUCUCCAAGAACUACAAUGAGAAGGCGUACAUCCUGUCGCGCGGGUUCGUCAAGAAGGUACUGGAGAACAAGCCGGAAGGGUUCGAGCAGGAGGUGGAGCUGUUCUACCUGAAAUCGGGCAAUCUGAAAAAGGUGGUGGAGAGAGCAGAGGGAUUGUUGCAGAGCAGUGGAAGUGAGAUCAGCGGAGAGGGGGACGGAGAUGAGGCGGCGGUGCAGGGCUUGACGAAGGGAGGUGCGAUCAUGUUGGCUCGAACGGUCAAGAGUCUGAGGUCGAUGUUGGAUGGCCAUCGGGCAGGGUGA